UAUCAUUUACAGUACAUUUACUGACUUCAACAGUCAGACACCUUCGAAACUUUCAAACGUGUAUAUUAGUUAUCUACUCAGUGCCAAAUAUGUUCCACACUUCUAUCAAUCUAAUUUUGGUUACCUUGAUAUAUUCAACAAAUAUGCAUUCAGUUAUGAGGAAUCUGGACCGCGAGAUUCGUCCCAGAGAUCACGAUGAGUAUAUGAAAUGUCCUCAUCAUAUUUGCCAAGAAGUCAAUGUUUAUCCCGAAAUAGAAAUUAAAAAAGCGCUGGCAGACAAAGCAUCCUUGAGAGGAGUGUUUGGAAUUGUAUUGAAUUCGACCUAUGAUAUCACUGCAGUAGAUUUUCCCAGCAGGACUGGCCUAGUGGAAUAUGGUGAAGCGAAGCAUCUCUGCUUGGCGGAGAGAUCCACUUCUUACCUCCCACGAGUAAUGAUGAAUAUAAAUCUGGAAUGGAAGUUCGUGGUAAAUGUGGAAGGAUAUGAACAAAUAUUCACAUCUGAAAUUUGCAGGGCUCCUAGAAAGGUCGGCAGAAAACUUCCAAAGAGCGACUAUUGUUCGGAAUUUGGCUUUCAAUGCGACCAGAGUUAUCAAGAAAUAUAUCUACUGACUUUUGAAGAUGACAUCAUCGAUUUCGAUAAAUUUAGUGUACCGACUACUUGCAACUGUUUUUGUGAUAAACAUGUUAGAAAAAUGACGUAUUCUCAUUCAGAAUAAAUAUGUUCUUGUUUUCGA